CGCUGAUGCCGCACGGAAGAACAGCAUAUGCAUUAAAAGCAGUCCAAAACGACGGCUAAGGCCCAAUUCUCUUUACAAAUCAACGUAUUUUCAGUUCCAAUCCGCAUUAUCGAGUUCUUCGAUUCAAGCUUUUGAUUCUCUUAAUUCGCUGCAACGCACAAAAUCACUGGUGGAACAGGAGAGUAGGUGGUUGUUGUUUAAAUAGAAAGGAAGAUUGCUUGAGCUAACUUGAGUUAUAUUACUGUGUAAUGGACGACGACAGUGAUUUCACCUUUUGGCAGGUGGGUGUUACUGCCCAAGAUGCUGUUGAGACAAAGAAGCUUGCUUCUGAUAUUGAUGGUAUGGUUAUAAAAGAUGGGCCUUCAACUGGCACGAAGGGUAGCCAAAGUACUGGUAUCCUUUGGAAAGAUAGCUUGCCAAGUGAUGCUUAUUCCAAGAAGAAGAAAACUGUUGGUUCUUUGUCUUUCAAUGUUAUUGAUGAGCCAUCUUUGAAAAAAUCUAGUGAUUUGUCCAUAAAAGUAGCAUCAUUAGAUGUUGGAACUUCAGUUACAAAUUCACAAGGACAAAAAUCUUCUGCCAGGAAGCCUGCAGCUCGAACCAAGGUUCCCUUUGAAAAGGGGUAUAGCCAAAUGGAUUGGCUUAAGCUUACCCAAACUCAUCCUGAUCUUGCAGGACUGAAGGGACAGUCUAAUAAGAGGCUUAUUUCAAUGAAUGAAGUUAAACAACACCAAAAUGAAGGUUCCAUGUGGACUGUUCUAAAAGGCCGUGUCUAUAAUUUGUCUCCAUACAUGAAGUUUCAUCCUGGAGGUGCUGAUAUGUUGAUGAAGGCUGUGGGAAAAGAUUGUACAUCUUUAUUCAACAAAUAUCAUGCUUGGGUGAAUGCAGAAUUUUUAAUGGAGAAGUGUCUGGUGGGUACCUUGGAUGAGAGCCGGUAAAGCCAGCUGCAUUCCUCUGUUCCAUAAUAGAUCCAUUGUUCUCAUUUUCAUGCUAAGCAGACGGGCCUCCAUCAUUCACCUUUUUAGUAAAAGAUUAUCAGUGAUGCAUUUCUUUUUUUACCUCCCCUUUCUAGUUGGGGGCCAAUAACAUCAUGAUAUAUGGAAAAUGCCAUUUCUUUAUGUAUUUACUCUGUGCAAGAGAUUCUGGACACAAUUCACUGUUUCGAAAUAAAUUGAUGUAUGAAAUGAGAACUUGCUAAUGCAUCUUUGUUACCA